CGAGGGGCAUUCAAAAUAUUAAUAUCCACUUCCUGUUGUUAAUUUGUUGAAAUGCAGCGCAUUUGUUAUUCUUUUUUCAUAUUGAUAGUUUGCUUUACCCACACUGACAGUUUGGUCCUAGACUCUAUAAAAGGAUGGCUUUUUGGCCCCGACACAGAUAUAGAUAAAUCAUUUUCUAAAAAUGUGAAAUUUGAAGUGGUUUCAACAGACAAAAAGUUUCUGAAGUUUGCCAGUGAACUGAACGAGAUGUCCCCUUUGGAUUCUUGUUAUCAUAUAGUUGUAUUUAGUCUAAAGAAAAGGUGUGGGGAGCUUACUGAAGAGGAAUUGAACAAGUUAGCAGUACAACUACUAAAUUGUCAAUCACAGGCAGAAGGGAGACCGGUAUUUAAAUGUACUACUGACAUGACUCUAGCUGACUGUACAAGAGAGAUGGAUGGGCCGACAUGGAAUGCCUAUCAGAUUGUUGGUAACAGAGCUAGGGCAAUGUGUUAUGCCACUCAACAGGAACAGUUUAGAAGGAUGACCGAGAUGACCGUCAGUAAUUUGGUGACAGCAGCUACAGAUCAGCUGGACAGUAUGGAAUUAAUAAAGAAUAAUCAGGAAGCACUACACAACAUGGCUACAGACACCAUUAGAAAGUUAUACGAGAGUCAACAGGAAAUGCUAGGCCAUCAUCAACAGUUACAGAUUACACAAGAGGGAGUGAUGACCCAGAUAACAGACAAUAUGGCGUCUCUUAAAACAGAAAAAGCUUUGAUUGCUGCUGGAAAUAAAGAACUGGCAGAUCAGACGCACAAUAUAAAGAACAAAUUAGAGGAGGCCAUGAAAACAUUACAGAGUCAGAAUCAAGAACAAAAGUCAAACCAUGAAAUUAUCAUACAAGAUCUAAUGAGCAUACAGACGAAGGCUCAAGAUACAAUAGAUAAACUUGACAAAAGUACUCAGCACUUAUUACAAAACCACCAGGAUUUGAAGAAACAGUAUGUAGUCAUGCAUGAAAAGAUGGUUAAAAUUAAUUCAACUGUAACUGAUUUGAUGAAAUCUAUAAAUAGUAUGCAGGAAAAGUUGGACAAAAAGAUUUCUUGGUUUUCUCAUUUACUUGGAACUACAGAGGAGAAGAUUACAACAUUAUUGAUGUUUGGACAACAUGUAGUAUUCCUCAUGCUGAUAAUGUUCUUGACAGCCUACCUACAGGUUCCUCCUAUGUCUCGUGUUCUUAUCCUCAUUAUUACCUUUGUUAACUCAGCUAUAGAGAUCCAGUCUGGCAAAGGAGCAGGAUUUAUCAGAAUGGCAGGAGUUGACUUCUCUAUAAUCAUGGCUAAUGGGUUAUACUAUAUUUGGAAAUCCAAAGGUUGUUUACCGAAGGCCCCUUUAAGACUUACAGGAACAGAUGAUGUCAGUCAACCUGUCACACAUGAAGAGUUACAGAACUUGACAAAUAUAGUGGGCAGAUUACAGUUUUCAUUGAACGAGAGUGGUAUAGGUAAUGAUACCAGUAUAAGAACAAUACCUAAUGUUACUCAGAUAGAAACACAGGCUAGACCAGAUUCUUCCACAAUGCCUGAAGACGUCGACAGAGUACACAGAUUUGUAUUGAAUAGUUCGAUGGAAAGAUUUUCUACACAUUCCAGAGAGGGUACACCUGUAUUCUCUAGGACCAGUACACCUCAGCCUUCAACAUCAAUCAACUACAGAAAUGUCAGGGGUUCAACACCUAGCAGCAGUGUGAGUUCUCGUUGUAAUGGCCUGACACGUGGUGGGACCCCAUGUAGACUUAGUUCUGUUAGAGGACAAUCUUAUUGCAGAAAUCAUACAGAUCAAGGUUAACCUAUAGCUGUGUCAAGUCUUCCACCAGUUAAUACAGUCAUGCCUAUAAACCAGUGGUAAAUUGCAUAAAAUAUGCAUUUAAAAUUGAAAUGUAAAAACAUUUUCUUGUAAUGUUUAAAUAAUCAUGAUAAUCAAAACAGCUCAAAAGAUGUAGAUCUCUGAUUGAUUCAUUUUAUAAAGAUGUGAGAUUAAUGGAGGCUGAAAUGAAUAGUCUUCCAAGCAUCCCCCUUUGCAUUUUUUCUGGAACUUUUAUAAAUUAUUUACUUGUGUAUGUUUUAGUCAUCACAACAUAAUGGUGUCACUAGACAUUCCAGAACAGAUACAGAUUGGGUCUUCUGAGAAAAUUGAAAUAUAUUUGCCUUUGUAUUAUUUAUAAUUACAUUUGAUAUUUGAAUGAUGAAACAUGAUAUACAUUUCACAUCACAUCAAUUAGUUAUACAAUCAUAUCUAAGAUCAGGAAGAAUGACCAAAAUGUUUAAAAGUUUUUUCCUGCAAGUUUCCACUGUGGAUUCAUUUAUUUUCGUGGGUACCAAUUUUCGUUGAUUGCCAAAAACUCACAUAUUUCGAGGAUAUUUAAAUUCGUUGUUUUGGGAAAGUUUGCAUGCAUUCCUUUGGAAAAUUUGUAUUUCGUUGAACAUUUAAAUUCCUGGUUCCCCUGUUCCCACGAAAUCCAUGAAAAUUGGUAUCCAACGAAUAUUAAUGAAUCCACAGUAUUUUUAAUUGAGUGCUAAGCUCUGAAAAUAAUUUUCACUGUUACAGAUUUUAAAAAAUUUAGAUAAUGGUCUUUGAAAUAUGUUUUAAAAUUACUUUAAAUCAUGAAAAAGUCAUAAAAACUAGUUUUAACAUCUAAGUUAAGGCAUGUGUCAUUGUAAUUUGACACAUACAAGCUAUACCGUUAUAAUUUAUGCCUUUCUUUGUUCAUAUUAUCCAUCAGAAAAGUUUUCUGGAGUAAUGUCUCAUUUCAUUUUCUCAAUAUAAUGAAGUAUUAUAAAAAUUUUCUCAGUCAUUGGACCAAAGUUUUCAUUCUUUUCCCAUCUUAUUUUAGCUCAGGAGUAGAGUAUUAAUGUUUAAAACCAGGACUUAAUCUGAAAAAGAAGAAAUCACUUUUUUUUUUAUGAUUUUUGAUAAUUAUUUCCAGUGCCAAAACUUAGCCAUUUCUUUUUUCCUGUCUCUAAUGGAACAUUGAUACUGUUUCAUGUGUGUGUGCACUCUUGUUUUUGAUGUUAAAACAUGCAUUUUCAUUAUAUGUAUAAUAAUUAAUACCAUUCAAUACAGAAAACAAUACCAGUUUGUAACUUUUAUGGAUUAUAAAUGCAAGUUAUGUAGUUUUUCAUCGUAUCAACUUGUUAUAAAAUUGAGAAUGGAAAUAGGGAAUGUGUCAAAGAGACAACAACCCGACCAAAUAAAAAAAAAACAGCAGAAGGUCACCAACAGGUCUUCAAUGUAGCAAGAAACUACCAAUCAUGAAAUACAAAUUAGCCAAAUUAGAAAUGAAUUAUAUAAACAUAUGGAAUAGGUCCAUAUGUAUGUAUAUUAUAAGUUAUAAAGUUCGCUACUGACACCCUAUGGAUCCAUUGAUGGUUAGUAAAAUCCAAAGGGGGUGAGGCCGGAGGCCGAAUCCCCUAUGAAUUUUAUUCACCCUCUAUGGAUUCAUAGGGGUCAGAAGUUAACCGUAUAACGAAUUUAUCGGACGCUGCACUUUUUCUACGCGUUUUGUUGAAAAAUAAUCAAUAAAACACAACAACAUUAAUAGAUGACGUUGCCAUUAACGAGUCAUGAACCCCAUAUGAAACUUACUAACCCCAUAUGGUCUCAUAACGGUGUUUAACCAAUCGCAACAUGAUAAUUCAUCUGUAGUCCAAUAAAUAAACAUAUGGAAUAGGUCAUAUGUAUGUAUUUUAUAUAUAAACUUUGUUUAAUUUUGAAAAUGAAUUAUAUAUGUUUAUAAAUGGGUCAUCAUACUUAGCGAAAGAUAAUUCAACUUCUUUUAUAUAUAUAUAACUUAGAUAAAAGAAAUUAUAGAAAUGCAGAGACUAUUUAAGGUUUUGCUUGUGAAAUGAAUGAAGUUUUAAAAACAUUUUGUAUGACAAAUCUAUUACCGGUAUAUAUAUGGAGUUGGAUAUAUGCUUUGCUAUUUUCAUAUAUAUAUUUGCAGCUGCAUGUAUAUGAUCUGCUUAAAUUAAAUACUAUAAAUUCAGAAAUCUUUUCCAAUCAUUUUAUAACUGCUAAAACUAGGGAUAGGUUUCACAAAAUAAAAAUGUGCAUUUUAAAUUUUGAUGGCAUUAUUUAUAUAUACAUAUUAAUAUAUGCAUCAUUUCUUAAAGCAUAAUAUUUAUCUAUUAUUGGUGUCCUUUGUCCAUCAAUGGCACUUACAAAUGCACACAAAAUUUUCUGAAUUUACAGUAAAACUUAUAUCUUAUGUGGUGCAGUUUAGGUUUUAUGCUAUGUUAAAAAUUUGAUAAUAAUUGAGGUGUGGGUUUGCUUUGUUAACAAUUAAAGUAUGUUACAGUAAGGGACAAUAUCAAAAGUUCAAGGAUAGAAAACUUAAUUCAUAUAGUUUUCACUGACUCCCCCCCCCCCCCUUCUUAACUUAAUUUUGGAGAAAUUGUUAAAUUGAUGUCAAUUUAUACAAAACUUGCAGCAAUUUGACCCCCCUACCCCCAAACUAUUUGAAUUAAGUUUUUUAUCCUUCAUUGAUUUUUUUUUUAUGUCCCUAAGCAAGAAUAGGAUAUGAUUUUGUAUUUAUAUA